AUGAAUUCCACCAGACUAUAUUUCUGCGAAAAAGAAGAAGACCCGUCCCUCCUUAAUAGAUUCUACCAGGACAUGCAGGAAAGAAUCACCAAUAACACCCUAACACUAAAAGAAAUAGAAAAUACGCUGGAAAUUGACACAUUCUAUCUUGAGCAGAAAUUAGGCGAGGUUACUGUAUAUGGCAUAAACCACCUACGAGCAGCACUAUCCAAGAUCAUAGAAGAAGAAACAGGCGUGGCACAGAAAGUAUACGUUAAAAUAGUGCCAUUCCCUGCACCAGUACCAUUCUCUACGCUGAGGCACGAUGCCGUAGGAAAGUUAUUUUCUAUUGCAGGUGUUGUAUCCCGCAUAGAGAGUGCCAAGCCCAUCCCCACACUAAUUAUGUUUAUGUGUGGGAAGUGCAAGGAAGAGGUAGAGGUUACACCUAAAAUGGGUGUGUACACUAAGCCAAGCAGGUGUACACUCCCGUGUAAAUCAACUAAUUUCAUUCUUAUAAAGGACUCGCAUAAAAAUAAGUUCAGAGAUGCACAGAGAAUAAAAGUACAAGAACUGUUCUUAACAGAAAUAGAAAGAAGAAAGGCAGGUUCUAUAAAUUGCAUUGUACACAGGGAUUUAGUAAACACUCUUCUACCAGGAGAUGCCGUGCACAUUCUUGGCACUGGUAUUGCUGAGGAGAGUGGUGAGGAUGGGUAUACAGUCGGGAUCAAAGCGAAUAACAUAUCCUUUCUAAAGCAGAAAGAUGUACAUAAUCAAUUCGUAUUCCUUCCCGAUGAUUUAGAGAGAAUCAAAAACCUUUCAUCCCAGGAGAGUAUUAUUGAUGUACUGGGAGAGUCUUUAUUCUCAGAGAUAGUUGGGAAUAAAGUUCUGAAGAAAGGGCUUCUUCUUUCGUUAGUGGGUGGUUCACACAAAAAGCAUAAAAGAAAAGAAAUACAUUUAGUGGUGAUGGGUGACCCCGGCAUGGGAAAGAGUAAAAUAAUCCGGCGGGCAUCUGAAAUACUUCCCAGGAGUAAUUAUGUAUGCGGAACCACAACUACAGCAGGAGGACUGGGUCUUUCAAUGCAAUCCAGUGGUGGGGGGGAGUACGUACUCUCAGCGGGUGCACUAGUUCUGAGUGAUUUAGGGCACUGUUUUAUAGACGAGUUAGACAAGCUGGAGAGUCCCCAGACACUAUUUGAAGCAAUGGAGAGUCAAGAAAUAACCAUUGCCAAAGCCGGGAUGGUCUGUGCCAUGCCCACAAGAACAGCCGUGAUUGCAGCUGCGAAUCCUUUAUUCGGCAGGUACAGAAGGGAUAAGUCCCUCCAGGAGAACAUUAAUCUUUCAGGAGAGUUUCUUUCUAGGUUUGACCUGAUUUUCGUUAUGAUAGAUGAGCUAAACACAAAAGAGCACUGUUCCAUUGCCAGGCGUAUUCUAGGGACUGGGCAUGCAUUAGAAUCCAGUGACUGUACUCUAUCCAUUGAUCUAGCCCAGAAGUAUAUACAGUAUGCCAGAGAGCAAGUCCAUCCUGUACUAUCAUCAGGUGCCAAGGAAAGGAUUGUAGAGUUCUUUAAAACCAUCAGGACACAGAAGGUUUAUAACAACCGUAUACUGGCACAGCCAAUUACACCAAGAGUGAUUGAUUCAUUAAUACGUAUUUCUGAGUCUGUGGCUAAGUUACACCUAAGGGAGAUAUCCACUCGAUCGGAUGUAGACCAAGCAAUAGAGAUAAUAACAAUGGAGAACAUUCCGGUCACAGAAAAAAAGAAGAAAGAUCCACCGCAUACGGCAUUUAUUAAUGCAAUCCAGCAGACGGGACUAAAAGAGAUAUCUGAGAGUGAUUUAGUAAGGCUGGGUCAUUCAAUAGGCCUAGAUGCAAGCACUGUAGACAAGUUAAUUUACAGGCUUAACAGCCAAGGCAUUAUUAUUAAAAAGGCCUCGAAUAUAUUCAGAGUAAAAAUAUAA